ACAUUCCCCGAACAAAAAUCAAGUAUUUUCUCAUUGCGAUGUUCCCGCUUUGCCGGAUGAAUUGAGUCUUUAUUUGAAAGCACCUUUUAUGGAGUUAGAGGACAACCCAAUCGCAUAUUGGAACGAUAUGUCAAAUGUGUAUCCUGAUCUAGCAUUAAUAGCUGUAAAGUAUUUGAGCGUCGUUGCGACUUCUGUACCUUGCGAAAGGUUAUUUUCUAAAGCGGGCUAUAUUAUGGACGAGAAAAGAAAUCGAAUGAAAGGAUUAAAGCUCCACAAACAGCUGUUCCUGAAUCAAGUCAACAAAAGCCUAUGGCAAACAAAGGCUCGUAAAAAAUACCAAAGGAGCGUUGAUCGAUCGAAGUCUAAUAUGAAAACUGGAUGCCCUGAAGGAAUAGAUUUCAACGGACAGAAUACUUAUGUUGCAUUACAAAGCAGUAUUAUUAAUAGUGCAUAAGAAAUAUACUAAUUAUUUUCCGAAAAUUUAAUAUGCGUUUAUGUUAAUGUCGUUCAGAGAUGAAAAUAUGGUUUAUAAUUGUAGAGUGCCAGUUGAAAUAAUAGAUUCUAAACCCCUUUUAACUCGACUAAAAAACUUUUGCUACAAUAUUCCACAAUUGUAAUAAUGACCAGCUCCGAAAGAAACUUCCACUUUUUAAAAAUAAUAAUAAAAAAUCUUAGACAGUGUCAUAUUUUCUGCCGUUCAGGUGUUUUUUUAAAAUUUUGUACCCGUUUUUACAAAUAAAAAUGGAUUGAAAAUUAUCAAAUCUGAAAAAAAUCUAUCUUUAAUAGCUUACACCUUACAUUAUUACAUUAAAUUAAUUGAAUAACUAAA